AAACGCUCGCUGGAUUCUUCCCCACACUCGAUAGUCGAUACUCGACACUCGCCGCAGCCACGUCGCCCUCCGAGCCCCGCAUUUCCUCGAGCACGAUGGCGGCGCUGCUCCUCUCCUCCCGCCUCCCCACCGCCACCGCCACGGCCUCCGCCUCCACCUCCGCUCCUCGCCCCUCUCCCCGCUUCAUCUCAUUCCCCGCCACUCCCGCCAAGUCUUGCCGCCGCCACCGGGGCCGUAUCGUCGCCUCCUCCGCCACUUCGCCUCCGGCGCCCUCCCCAGCCGCAGCCCAGCCCUUCCGCUCCCUGGCCCCCUCCGAGACCACGGUCCUCGUCACGGGCGCCACGGGCUACAUCGGCCGGUACGUGGUCCGCGAGCUGCUCCGCCGCGGCCACCGCGUGCUCGCCGUCGCGCGCCCCCGCAGCGGCAUCCGCGGCAAGAACUCCCAGGAGGACGUGGUCGCCGACCUGUCCCCCGCCCGCGUCGUCUUCUCCGACGUCACGGACCCGGACGCCCUCCGCGCCGACCUCUCCAACCACGGCCCCGUCCACGCCGCGGUCUGCUGCCUCGCGAGCCGCGGCGGCGGGGUGCAGGACUCGUGGCGCGUCGACUACCGCGCCACUCUCCACACCCUGCAGGCCGCGCGGAGCCUCGGCGCGGCCCACUUCGUGCUCCUCUCCGCGGUCUGCGUCCAGAAGCCGCUGCUCGAGUUCCAGCGCGCCAAGCUCAGGUUCGAGGACGAGCUGGCCGCCGAGGCGGCCCGGGACGCGGCCUUCACCUACAGCGUCGUCCGCCCCACCGCCUUCUUCAAGAGCCUCGGCGGCCAGGUCGAGGUCGUCAAGAAGGGCAACCCCUACGUCAUGUUCGGCGACGGCAAGCUCUGCGCCUGCAAGCCCAUCAGCGAGGAGGACCUCGCGUCCUUCAUCGCCGACUGCAUCUUCGACCAGGACAAGGCCAACAAGGUGCUCCCGAUCGGAGGGCCGGGGAAGGCGCUCACACCGCUGGAGCAGGGCGAGAUGCUGUUCCGGCUGCUCGGGCGCGAGCCCAAGUUCAUCAAGGUGCCAAUUCAGAUCAUGGAUGGUGUCAUCUGGGUGCUCGAUGGAUUGGCCAAGGUGUUUCCGGGCCUGGAGGACGCCGCCGAGUUUGGCAAGAUUGGGAGGUACUAUGCGUCGGAGAGCAUGCUGGUGCUAGACCCGGAGACUGGGGAGUACAGCGACGAGCUCACGCCGAGCUAUGGCACGGACACGCUAGAGCAGUUCUUCGAUAAGGUGAUCAGGGAAGGAAUGGCGGGGCAGGAGCUCGGCGAGCAGACCAUCUUCUAGCCCCUUCGGGUCCCCAGAGAGCUUGUACAUUCAGAGCCAACAAUGUAGAGAGGUGAGGCUUUUGACAUGCUGAUGUUCCCAACACAACUAUUAGCUCAAUUGUACCAUACAAGGCAAUGUCUAAUUUUGAAGGAGGAAUUUUGCUAUUUUUGUGGUAUAUAGAUCAAGAUGAUUCACAGUUGCACUACACUA